AUGCACGUUAACGCUGAACCUCAAGAGAAUUCUAGCUCGGAUACACAGAAUUUGACAGUUACUAACGCAACACAUGAAAUUGAAGAAAACGAAAAAAAUAUUGAAGAAAAAAUUACUGACGAAAAAUUCAAUAACUUUGAAGUGACAAACACUGAACAAAGUCAACAUAAUGAAGAUAAACUCCUUGACAAAUAUGUCUCUCAACAUACUUUAAUUAAACUAGAAGAAUAUUGGGAAAACGUUAAAGCAAUUCCAAAACCUACAAUUGUUUUGAUGUCUAUAAUUGGAUUGCUUUCAUUCUAUUUUAUUUCAGCAAUUUUUGGCUCACUUUAUUUUCCAACUACAGAUUUAAUCUGUAACAAUACCCCUUAUUCUGAUUUGGUUUUUUCAUUUUGUAAAUCCCCAAUUCCCAAUUUUACUGCUAUCGUUAACGCGCAAGUUGAAGCACAAGAACGGCUUUUAAAACAGGCGGCAGAACUUGAUUCGGAAGGUUCAUUGGCUCAUGAUAUUAAAAAAGCCGAAUUAGCUACAAAAGAUUUAAUGUUGAUCGUUAAAUAUUCUGAUUUAAAAUCCAAAAAUCUUUUGACUGAAAAACUGAAAGAAUUUGCAGAUACAAGUUUUGAAGCAAAUAGUGAUCUUCAAACUUUACAAAUUAGAGCUCAAACUUCUUUGGAUAACACAAUAACUUAUAUUUCAUAUACUUUGAAGACUCUUGAAGAUUUCAGUGGAAAAAUUAUUAGUCCAAGACAAGAAAGAGAUUUGAAUAAACAUCAUAAUAUUCUUAUGAAAUUGACCGAUGAUGAUCUUCGAAAACUGAUUGAAGCUACAGACAAAACAUUGAACAUGUAA